AUGAAAAGAAAACGUGACAAAGAUAGAAGUGACGACAAGAUAAAAAAGAAAAUAAGAAAACUUAUGAAAAAAGUUAAAAAACUUUCAAAACAGCAGGGCCUGACAUCUGAAUCCGAUUCAGAGGUAUCUUGGCCAGAAGAAAUGGAAAAUGAUAGCUUAAUAGAAAGAGAAAAACCUGAGGAAUCUGAAUCACCUCAAUCGGAAUUGCAGAUUCUGGGAAACCUAAAUAGCCAGGCCUCUACUAGCGAAUCAGGAAAUCAGCCUGAUAAAGUUCCAGAGGUACAGGAUUUGGAUGCUGAGGCAUUAGCAGUUCUGGGUGAAAUAAACAUAGAGCAAGAAAAAGGUCCACCUCUUCACCCUGAAAUUGCAAACAGAUGGACACCCAUUCUGAGCAAAGGCCUAAAAAAGGAAGACAAGAGAGAGCUUAUGCAAAAAUAUAUGCCAUUCGAAAAUGUGCCACGUUUAAUAGCACCAACUUUGAACCCUGAAUGUAUCUCAGCAAUUUCAGCAUCUAUGCUGAAAAGGGAUACAAUUAUUAAAGAAAAACAAAAACAAAUAGCUGCAGUAUUGACUGCUAUUGGCUCUGGUUUAGAGUCCAUAUUAAAGAACGGAGACAAAAUAGAAAUAAUCCGUAACAUAAAUGAUGCAUCCAAACUAUUAUGUGAUUAUUUUCAAUCUGAGACCAAUAAUAGAAAAAUUUUAAUUACUAAUGCAGUUAAUCACAACCUUAAGGAGACUCUAAAGGGUGACUCAGAUAUGUUCUUAUUCGGAACAAAUUUAGCAGAAAGAAUAAAGAAUGCAAAAAUUAUACAGAGAUCUGGAAAAGAUCUGAAAGAAAAACAGGAGCGACUUAAGGGGCCAACAAAGACUUUAAACUGGCGGGGCCCUCCUCAGUUGAGCACCAGGCUGGGGGGGAAGAGAGUAACCAAGCCCAAAAACAAGCAGCAGCAACAACAACGAAACCACUGCCUCCUCGACGAUAUUAGAGGUUCCUACACCACAGUAAAGUUUGAUGAAGGUAUGUCUUAUGGAAGCCUUAACUCCAUAAGAUCAGCCUUGUCGUUAUUGAUAGGUUCUCAUAUUGGAAUAAAUGAUCAAAUAAAAAGAUUAUUUAAAGGGUUCUAUAGGUUGAGACCAAAUAAUCCCAAAUAUCAAUUCACUUGGAAUGUAUCAGAAGUGUUCAAUUACCUUGAGCUUCAUCAGAUGGAUACAAAGGAUGUAAAAUUCCAAACAAAGAAAACAGCAAUGCUGUUUGCUCUAGCAACAGGACAAAGAGCACAAACCUUAGCAUCAGUGGAAAUUGACAAAAUAAAAAUAGAGAAUGACAAAAUUUGUAUUACAAUCUCCAAAUUGUUAAAGACAUCAGGCCCCUACAGACAGCAGCCAUUGCUUGUAUUACCUUUUUUUUGA